AUGUCAUCGGUGGGCAGUCCGCUGCAUUCUUUGGCUACGUUUUUACACAAGAAACUAUUCAAAACCAUCCCGAGAGCUGACAGUUAUAUGAAAAACAGUUUUGAACUGGUCGAGAGGCUGAGGGAUGUGCACUUUACGGGGACACAUGAGUUAACGUCUUUGGACGUUACCUCUCUGUUCACGAACGUGCCAACGGAUGUAGCGAUCGACUGUGUUAACGAACAUUGGCGGGCUGUUUCCAUCGAUUGCUCUCUACCCAAGAAGGAAUUUUUGGGAGCGAUACAGUUUGUCCUGGACUCUUCGUUUUUUGUCUUUGACAAUGUUUUUUACAGGCAGAGCUUUGGCACCCCCAUGGGCUCUCCAAUAUCACCGGUGAUAGCGGACUUGGUGUUGAGGAGAUUGGAGACGGUGUCCUUGAUGUCUGUGAAUUUGGACAUUCUGUUCUAUUAUAGAUACGUUGACGACAUAUGUACUGCGUUGCCCCCCUCUCAGAUCGACGUGUUAUUAGAGAGAUUUAAUGCAUUCCAUCCGCGCCUACAGUUUACCGUAGAGAGAGGCGGAAAAACGAUCAAUUUCUUGGACGUGUCUGUCAACAAUAAUCGCUUUAAUUUCGAUUGGUACCGUAAGCCAACAUUUUCAGGUAGAUUUUUAAACUUCCAUUCUAAUCAUCCAUUGACGCAGAAGAAAGGAACUAUCUUUUCAUUAGUCGACAGAGCCUUUUUAUUAUCUGACUUUAAGUUUCACACAAAAAAUUUGACCGCCAUCAUUGACAUUUUACUUCUGAAUGACUAUCCACUAGAGAAAGACUUUAUCUUUGACUCCAUCAAUCAUAGGAUCAAAAAUUUGAUUAGAAAUAGACACAGAUUACACGAUACCGCGACUGACAUUGACUCAACUAAUAAGUCUGCCUCUUGGCUUACGGUGUCUUUCAUUCCGCUUCAUACGGAGAAACUUAGAUCUUUGAAUAAAAGCAAAAGUGAUAUCAGGGUGGCCUUCCGCAGCCCUAACAAAAUGGGCAAAUACAUAAGAGUCCAGAAGGAUUCUUGUCCCAGCACAUCGAAAAGCAACGUUGUUUAUAAAAUUUUAUACGAGGAGCCUUCGUAUAGAAAGCGUUUGAUUUCGGAGAUGCUACAUAUAAAAAAACAGAGGAACAGUCUCAAUUUACAGACUGACACCGAGGGUCUUAAUAAGGCAUAUCUGCCGAUUAUAAACAAAGUCUGA